CUUCCUGCUCAUGAGAAGAAAUUUUAUUAUUUUACCCGAAUUCUGUGUCUCUGUGUAUUUCUUUCCAAGAUUUCUGCAACCUUUGGUUCCCUGACCGGGAAUCGGGAAUGAAAUAGCCCUUUUGGGCACCGGCCCGAACCCCACCGGAGGGAGCGGCUCUCUAUCUCCUGGAGAGCAAAGGCGCGCCCCUGGGACUAAUUUCCUAGGCUCCCCAACAGGACACAGAGACCCGCUCACCGGCAGAGGAUCGCCCGAACCCGAGAAGGAGACCACAGAAGGAGGACUGCUGCUCUUGGUGUCUCCUCUGUCUCUUUCCUUUGCCAGGUGCAAACAAGUGCGAAGGCGCGAAGCACCCUGCUCCAGCCAGCCGCCCAGGCCGUGAGGCCCCGAGCCCAGGCCACGCCUCCCAGCUCCUGCCAGGCCUGAAGGAGCGCUGAUGGCGAUGGCUUCCAGGGGCUUCUACCUGGCCUGCCUGCUACUGGGUGCCCUGGGGUUCCUCUGCAUCCUUGGCACCACCUACUGGGCCCAGCACUGGCGAGGUGGCUUUGCCUGGGACGGCGGCAAGCACAUGUUCAACUGGCACCCGGUGCUUAUGGUGUCGGGCAUGGUGGUGCUCUAUGGAGCUGCGUCGCUGGUGUACCGCCUGCCACAGGCAUGGCUGGGGCCCCGGCUGCCCUGGAAGGCCCUGCACGCAGCUCUGCACCUGGGAGCCUUUGUCCUCGCUGUGGUGGGGCUGGUUGCUGUCUUCCGGUACCACAGCCAUGCCGGGAUCACCCACCUAUACUCGCUGCACAGCUGGCUGGGCCUCACCACCACAGUCCUGUUCUCCUGCCAGUGGUUCCUGGGCUUCACCAUCUUCCUGCUGCCCUGGGCGUCACUGUGGCUGCGCAGCCUCCUGAAGCCGCUGCAUGUCUUCUUCGGAGCUGCCAUCCUGUCUCUGUCGAUGGCGUCUGUCAUCUCCGGCAUCAACGAGAAGCUGUUCUUCAGCCUCCCCUGUUGUGUGACAGGGAAUGAUGUGAGAAGGAGCUCCCAGAAGUCGCCGCUGUGCCCUGCACCCCUCAGAAGCACGGUGCACCUGCGCCUGCCUGGUGUCGGGGUCUCCCUGCCUUGGGGCUGGCCCUCCCUCCAGCCAGCUGCUGUCUCCACUUCUCUGGGUAUUGGCAGGGACUUCUCAGGCCUCCAUUUGUGCAGGAGCCUCCUGCCCUGGCCACUGCUGCUUGCUGCUUACUGCUCUCCAUGCAGAUCGGGGGAUCCACAGGAAGUGAGCCUUGGAUCCGGCAGAGUCCAGCCGGUGUGGAAGCCAGGACGUGGGUGCAGCCCAGGCGCCGUUACCCAGCUGUUGGCCCUGCGUGUGGCAUCACGGCACUGUGUGUGACUGUUUGCGUGGGCUCUUCCUCUUUUAGCUGCUGCUCCCGCCAGGGCGUGGAUGCCACCCUUUCUGGGGCUCUCAUGCCUGUCACGGCCAGGUGGUCCUAGCAGCCCCGUAACUGUGUCUCCAGGUGUCCCAGGAUAUCGAGGGAGGCUCCCUUACUCCCCAUGCUGGCCAUGGGCACCCUGCCCACCCUUCUGUCCCAUUGUGGCCCAGAGGAAACCAAGGCGGCCGUGUGGGGCACUGUGCCCAGUGAAGCACAGAGCCUGUAGCUUCUGCGGUCUCCCUGGUCCCCUGCUAGCUGCGGCCCCCUUCCCACACGCUGGCUGGGCUCUCCGAGCCUCUCAGGACAGGCUGUGCUGGCCGCAGACCCCAGGCAGGGAGGCACCCGGCUGCCCGUCCCGUGUGUGGCAUCUCCCUGGCUCACAAAGCUCGGCUUUCAUUAAACCCCGUGUUGUAGAGCUGA